GCCCUGUUUCUCGGUAAUUCCCCGUUUUGCUAUGAGCAGCACAUUUGUAAAUAUUGUGACAAAAAGUUUCCCUAAGUUAUGGCAAGUUGUGACAAUACCGCGCAUCUUGAUGGAUACUUGUCCUCUCUAAGAGCCCCAACAUUGGCCACACUUUCCAACAUGUUAAAUCCCACCAAGGUGCUACUUUCCGAUGAUGGUCAUUUCAGAGAUUGGAGAGGAGUAGCAGAACUGAUGGGAGUAGACAUGUUGAUUAUACAAAAUGUAGAGAGAACUAGCAAUCCAUUUGGUAGUUUGAUUAGCCAAGCUAAAAACCUUACAGCUAACAAACUUAUAGAGUAUCUUGAGAAAAUGGACCGAUAUGAUGUAAUUGAUGAUACGAUAACUGUGAUGGAAAAUGACCUUUACCUAGCCUCCAGACAAAACAUUUCAAAUAGAACAAAAGCAGAAUUUCCACAGCUAGUUACUAUAGGUGAUCAGGAAUGUUACAGUGAGAAUGGAAAUUUAGUACAAUAUGAUGCCUUUGUUUUGUAUGCACGAGAAGAUCAAGAGUUUGUUGACAGGGUGGUUGAAAAAAUGGAAGGGGAGUAUGGAAUGAAGUUAUGCCUUAAAGAAAGAGAUUUUAUAGCAGGAUUACCAUUUGAACAUCAAGCUGUGACGGAGUUGAUUUCAAAUCGUUGCCGGUUUGUCUUGCCUAUAUUCUCGCCAAAUUUUUUGAAUUCUGAAGAUAAUAAAUUUGUCGUUAAUUUCUCUGAGGCACUAGGAAUAGAGAGAGGAUGUAGGAAAAUCGUUCCAUGUCUUUACCAGCAAUGUGAUUUGCCGAAAUCUGUCCGUUAUUACACUCGUCUUGAUUUUACACGCCAAAAUCCCUACUGGGAUUUUUGGGAUAAGAUGAAAAAGUCACUUGCCGAUCCUUCGGCGCCUCCAAGCGAACGAAUGAGUAAACUUGAUGCCCUCACAACUGAGAGUAACCCAGAAAAGAAAGACUUGGCUCAAUCCUCUCCUAACGGAGACAUUUCUGAGAAAAGCAAAUACUCGUCUAAACUUGUUCCCCCUAUUUGCCCAAAGUCAAAUAUCAACGGUGAACUUAAGGAAAACAAAGUGCCUCAGGACGAAGCCGUUCCCCAGGAGCUACAGACCACCAGGGAAACCAAACAUUGGUUGAAAAAAAUCUGGAAGAAAUCCAAAAAGAAGUCUACAGAAAAACAGAAGGUGAAAGUCCUAGCAUUUUGAUGAAAUCAAGAUUUUUCCCCCCCGUGACAAUCGAACGUGUGUAAAUAGAAUGCCCGUAAAGCUAAUUGAACUGCACAGGUAUGUAUCAGUUAUUUCUAGGAAUAACGAGAAAGAGCAUAAUUUUUGAGAAUAUAAAUAAUAUCUUUCA